UUUCUGCUGCUCGCUGCUCUGUCUGCCAUAGGCUAAAUAUAAGUGGAAUAUGACAAAAGUCUUUACACAAACAUCAGUGAAGAUCAGCACUAGGACUUCCUCAACCCGUAGAGCCACUCCUCAAAGAUCUCAUUAAUGUAACUCCACCAGCUGUCUUGUGCAGUAUCAAGAGAAUGUUUUUUCUCACAGUUCUGCUGUUUUCCUACCUUCAAAUGUCUCAGCAGAUUCAGAAAACUACUACAAAUGGCAAAGAGAUGCUGUCCAAUCCCAGGCUCAUACCUGUUCAGGGGACUUUGAAUGUAGUGAUGAACCAGAACGUGAGCCUCUCCUGCCAUUCAGACUCUGGAACUCCACCUGUCAGAUACAUAUUGUUUAAACACAAUCAGAAGAUAUCCACUUUAAAUAGGCCAGACUUGACCCCCGGUUUGUUUAACCUGACUAUCAACUCUGCCAGUGAUGUGGGUGAAUACAAAUGCAAAGCCGAGGAUAACAUCUCCGGUGGUGGAAAAUACAGCAACAGUCUCAACUUCACCCUUAAAGAGCCAAUUUCCAAACCCAUGCUGAGCUCACCCACCUCUCAAGCAAAGGAAGGCCAGAAUGUGACCCUGUCUUGUCUCUCGGAAAAUGGCUCUCUUCCUAUCACAUACAUGUUCUUCAAAGGAAGAAAAAGCAUCUCUCCCCCAGUGAAGAUGCAGAAGAGGGAAGCAGCUGUGAUUUUUCUAUUUAUGAAUUCCUCUAGUGACUUUGGAACCUAUAAAUGCAGAGCUGAAAAUAGCUUUCGCAAUAAUACAAAAUACAGCAACAGUUUCAACUUUACAUUAGCAGAAGAGAGAAGCCAUUCUCAACCUUUGAUCAUUUCUCUUGGGCUGAUAUUGCUACUAUUCAUAAUAGGAUUCGCUCUGGCAAUUCCAUUUUUCAUAAUUCCUUCAUAUAAAGCAAAAAUAUUUAAGUCUACUAGGUCCUCAACUGGCUUUACUUCAACAACAAAUGCAGAAGAGCCUGAGGACUACGUCAUAUACACAGAGAUUGAGCCUGUUAAACCAGAAGAAGAAUAUGUCAACUUUUCUGUUAUUAGAAGAGAAGAUGAAAAAGCAGAGAAGGCGGCAUGUGCUACAGUCUAUUCAAAGGUCUUCAUCAGACAUUGAGUACAAGGUAAGAUCUCGUGAUUAACUUAAUCACAUAUUUUUAAAGAAACUUUCUGUCCUCAGAUAUCUUAAAUACCACCAAGUCUGCACAGAGAUGAUGUUUAGAUAGUAGUUUCCUGGCCUAAUUAUUUUGUAGACAGACAAUAUAGCUCAUUCUUUACUAGCAAGCAAAACUCCCAAGUCAUAAUCUCUGAAGACUUCAAUUUAAAAGAAAAAGCAGAACAGAUAAAAAUUGGAAUUAACAAAGACUCCAAUAGCAAUCCCAUUAGACAAACAGCAGCUUAUUCCCCAAAGAGCACCAUAAAAACCAAAAUGAAACAAAACAGUGCAAUCACUGUCAGGUAAGAUCCUACAGGACACAAUAUAAAGUCUGGCUUUAUAUGCAUCUGAUUAAUAAACAGAAAGGAAUAAAUGAUGUAAAGCUUUCACCCAGACCCAAGUUCCUGUACAUUUAACAACUCUCCUGAAGUAAAAACUGGAUUGUAUGCAAAUAUAAGAUAAUCAAAAGGCUUUAGUCAAGUAUUAAAAAAAAAAAA